AUGGUAAUGCACAGAGUGCGAGCCACCUCUUAUGUGCGGCGAACUCUAUCCCAGCCGAUGAACAAACGGAGGGCGACGGCAGCGUUGGCACCCCACGAAGAAGCAGGAGUUAUUGGAGGAAGCACCGAGCUUCCAGAGGGAGCAAAUAUCUUGGGAAGCAUUGCUGCUCCUAACCGCCAGCUGCACUUGGGCCUUUUAGCGGACGGAGGAAGCAGCUCGCGGCUGAGGGAGAUGGGAACCGGCACCAUCGAGGAGGAAGGCACUGAAGGGGGCCUCUCUGAUGCAGCCUUCUCCUUCACCUUUAAAGAAGACAUUGCGCGGCUCAAGGAGAUAUGCUUUACAAAGACCCAGCUGCUGUUGUUUUUUGCUCCUCUUGGUUUGUGGAGUCAGUUGGGUGGCCUUCCAGUCAUUUUCGUCUUCAUCUUCAACUUUGCAGCUCUCAUUCCUCUUUCUGCCCUCCUUGGGGCCUUCACUGAGGAACUUUCGCUCCAUACGGGAGAAAUAACAGGGGGUCUUCUGAAUGCGACGUUUGGCAAUGCCGUGGAGAUGAUCAUGUCCGUCCAGGCACUCCGCAUUGGUCUGCUUGAGGUGGUCCAGGGCACCCUCCUGGGAUCGAUCCUCUCAAACUUACUAUUGGUCCUGGGAAUGUCUUUCUUCGCUGGCGGUCUACGGCACUAUGUUCAAAAAUUUAAUGAAAAAGGGGCUACAUGCAGCGUUACUCUGCUGCUGCUUUCGUGUAUGGGAAUUGUCAUUCCAACGGUGGCAGCGGUUGACAAUGGGAUGCACGGCACAUAUGAUAUCCUCAUGAUAAGUCGAAUAACCGCCUUGCUGAUAGGGCUAACCUACUGCCUCUUCCUCUUCUUCCAGCUCUAUACUCACAUAGGCUUGUUCAAGGAUGACGCAGAUGAGACAGAAGACUGGCCGAUGAUGUCCUGGGAAGGAGCAACAACGAUGCUUUUUGUUGUCACUGUUCUGGUCGCUAUACACUCAGAGUUUCUCGUUUCUUCCAUUGAGACCGUCGUUGCCGAUUACGGCCUCCCCGAGAGUUUCAUUGGGGUUAUUCUCCUCCCGAUUGUUGGAAAUGCUGCAGAGCAUUUAACAGCAGUCACAGUGGCUAUGAAGAACAAGGUCGAUUUAGCCAUGGGUGUGGCCGUGGGCUCUUCUGCUCAGAUAGCCUUGUUCGUCUUCCCCUUCACGGUGUUAGUUGCCUGGGCAAUGGGGCAGCCGUUGACGAUGGCGGUGCAGCCUUUGAGUGCCGUCGUGAUGCUUCUUUCUGUUUUGGUUGCGAUGGCGGUAGUGCAGGACGGGGAGAGCAACUGGCUGGAAGGCGUGAUGCUUAUUGCCGCCUAUUUUAUUAUCUCCGUUGUCUUCUGGUUUGAUCGACCAGGAACCAAAGCCGCCCUUUCUCCUUCCUCUCAGAGCAAUUCGAUACAAGGGAAUAACUAG